AUGGAAGAGCACGCCCACGCGUCAACCCGCAAGAGUGAGAUGGAAGAGCACGCCCACGCGUCAACCCGUGAGAGUGAGAUGGAAGAGCACGCCCACGCGUCAACCCGUGAGAGUGAGAUGGAAGAGCACGCCCACUCGUCAACCCGUGAGAGUGAGAUGGAAGAGCACGCCCACGCGUCAACCCGUGAGAACCUCCAGGUGGAGACACAACAGAGAGUGAAAGAGAGAGAUUCAGUCACUCUUACAUGUAAAACCACCUGCAGACUGACUGAAGAAACAACAUUCAUCUGGUCCAGAAACACACAGAUAUUAACUGAACACACAGUGAAUGAGUUUCAUCUGCAGUCAGUCAGUCGUCAUGAUUCAGGACUCUAUAGAUGUGCUAUAAGAGGAUACGAACAUCUGCCCUCUUCCCCUUAUAAUCUAAAUGUAAGAUAUCCUCCAGAGAAAACCUCAGUCUCCAUCAGUUCUUCUGGUGUAAUAGUGGAGGGUGAUUCAGUGACUCUGACCUGCAGCAGUGAAUCAAAUCCACCUGUUCACAUCUACAGCUGGUUUAAGGAUAAUAAAACCUUACCUGUCGGAUAUGGACAGACGUUCAGCAUCACUAACUUUAGCUCCAGUCUCAGUGGAGGGUUUUACUGUGUGGCUCAGAAUAAACAUGGAUCUCAGAGAUCAGAUGCUGUAUCACUCACUGUCAAAGGAAACACUCCAGCUGUGAUUGUGCUCACGGUGGCUGUGGUUCUGGCUGUUAUCAUGACAUCUGUCAUUCUAAUGGUUGCCAUAGUGAUGUUUAUCAGAAGAGAAAAAGUGCCAACAUUAGAGGAGGAAAAUAACCAAGAAAAGAUGGUGGCACCAGAGGCAGCGUACAUGACCCUUGACCCCACAUCCAGAUGUGCUGAUUACGACACACUGCAUGAUACUACGAUUAAAAGCGCUGGUGAUCAAACAAGCAUCUCUGAAGCUCUGGAUCCAACGUAUUAUAACGUUGACAAUUAAAUAUUCUCCUUAAAUACCUCUACUGUUUUUUUAUUGUUGAAUGUUAUGACCAGUGUUGUCUUUAUUCAAAGACAUUUAUAAAUUUGUGCAAGACUCAAGGAGGGAUUUUUUAAAAAAUUGUUUAAUCUCAGAAACAUACAUGAUUUAGCAAACACAUCACCAAAACACAUAUAUUUGUGUAAUUGGGGAAAAGACUGCAUGUGGGUCUUUUUUUGCACUUUGAAGAAAUUCUGUCAACGUGUGUUCUUGUAGUUAUAUGUACCUGCCUGUAGGUGGCGUGUCAGGUUGAUUAAGCACGGCAGAGGCGAAGUGGUGAGGUGCUGUCCGAUGUGCUGAAAUGGACAAUUUUUGCUUCAGAAAAUAGAGUUCUUUUGAUUUACACAUCACCUUGUAUGCAAUUUGUAACAUUUUAUGACACACCAUGCAGCAUUGACUGUUAAUAAAGGAAGGAUUCACCCAAAAAUAAAAAAAUAGAUGUAUUCACCCUCAUGUCGUUCAGACCUGUACAUGACUCUUUCUUCAGUGGAAUACAAAAGAACACAUUUUGAGAAAUUUCUCUGUGGUUUUGUGCCCAUGCAGUUGAUUUCAAUUGGGUCCAAUGUUAUUUAUUAAUAAUUACUUUUUCAACGUUCUUCAAAAUGUGUGUUCUGCAGAAGAAUUUUCUGCAAAAAUCUUUUUUGACAGGUUUUGAAUGACAUAAGGAUGAGUAAAUGAUGAAAGAAUUGUCAAUUUUGUGUGUCUCUUUAACUUUUAUAAUAUUGUAUUG